UGAAACAUGAUAUCACAACAACAAACCCUAACUGGCGUGAACUUCCCAGAGACAUGACAUCAAACAUUCUCCAAAGGCUCGGUGCUGUUGAAAUUCUGACGAACGUUCGCAAUGUGUGUCCUUAUUGGUGGAACAUUUGCAAAGAUCCUUCCCUGUGGCGCAAUAUUGACAUGGGAACUUUUCAUCUUUACUUUGAAUAUUCUGUUCGUGGGGCUCCUGAUUUUGAUCGUUUGGUCAAGAUCUGUCAACAUGCUGUUGACCUAAGUUGUGGUCAUUUGGAAAAAAUUCAUAUUUACAGAUUUGGUACUGAUGAUCUUCUUCAUUACAUUGCUGAUAGGGCAAGUAACUUAAGGAGCAUACAUCUCUAUUCAUGCAUUAGAAUUUCUGAUGAAGGAUUGUGUGAAGUUGCGAAGAAGUUUCCAUUUUUAGAAGAGGUUGACAUUUCAAAUGGCUUCCAAUCUCCGAAAUCUCUUGAGGUUAUCGGCCAAAGUUGCCCUCUUUUGAAAUCGCUAACAUAUUAUGGAAUGUCAUAUUUCACAUGGGAUCAUGCAGCAUUUGUUAUUGCAAACACAAUGCCUGGUCUACGCCAUCUUGAUAUUCAUGGAAACCGUCUCACCGAUGUUGGACUGAUUGCUAUUCUUGAUGGAUGCCCUCUUCUUGAAUCUCUUGACAUUAGAGGAUGUUCUAAUUUGGAAUUCAGUGGAAACUUGUGGAAAAGGUUGCAUAAUCAGAUAAAAGAUUUAGAAAUUAAGGAGCACUCUAAUAAUUUUGAACUAGAGUAUGCAUAUUCAGAUUCAAAUUUCAAAUGGUAAUACUUAUUGGGAGAUUGUUGAAAGGUUUUCUGAUGAGGAUGAAGACGAGGACGAUGAUGAGGAUUAUGGUGCUUAAUUUGGAAGUCAAAGCAAAGUCUUAAACAAUGAAAUUGUUCUUAUUCAUUUUGAUUUUUAAGUAUCCUUGAAGAAGACACUUGGAGAUGUUAAUUUUGUUUUCAAGGAUUUUUGUGGAAGACAUUGGACAGCUUGGUCUUUUACUUUAAUGUAAUGCGCUUUUGAUUGGCCUAUGGUUAUUUGCAUGCUUUCUUAAUCUCGUAGUUCUUCUUUUUAUCGAUUUAUUUAGUGAAUGAUUCUGAAAGUAGUGUUUUAUUUCACCUCUCUUUGAUAAAGACUGAUGUUUAGUUCUUCUGCAAAUCAAAAGCAAUUUACAUUUUUGAGAAUGUUUGC